AUGAAGGAAUUCGACCAAAGCCGUUUUGACACUUUGAAGAGAUGGGCUCAAGAUUACGGAGCCGCACUACACCCUUCGUUGGAAGUUUACGAAGACGAUGUCACAGGAUAUUCGUUACGGGUCAAACCCUCCGCAAAUGAGGCCCUGGCGCCAGGGUUUUGCGCUGUCGCCUGCCAUGUUGCGAUAACACUCUCAUACAUCAACGCCUUGAUUGAUGGACCCGUCAGCAGGGCACCACAAAACAAAGAGCAACGGCCGGCGUUCCCACCGCAGUUCAUGUCAUCCAACCCACCGCAUGUUAUUGGUCGCUUUUUCCUGGUGAAGGAGUACUUGAAAGAGAAAGACUCAUAUUGGUGGCCAUACAUCUCGACCCUUCCGCAGCCCGAUCGCGUCGAGACCUGGGCCCUACCAGCUGUCUGGCCCGAAGACGACAUUGAAUGUCUCGAGGAGACAAACGCUCAUGUCGCCGUCCGCGAGAUCCAAGCCAACAUCAAGAAGGAGUACAAGCACGCCAGAAAGCUUCUGAAGGAAGUAGAUUUCCCGGGGUGGCAGGAAUACACCCAGCUGCUCUACAAGUGGGCCUUUUGCAUCUUUACCAGUCGGAGUUUUCGUCCGUCUUUGAUCCUGUCGCAACAAACACAAGACCACGUCUUGGGUCUCACGCCUCAUGGCACAAAAGUCGACGACUUCUCCAUCUUGCAGCCGCUUCUUGAUAUCGGCAACCAUGAUCCGACCUCCCAAUAUCAGUGGAAUCUUGAAGUGGAUGGUACUUGCCAGCUGAUUUGCAAUAAUGCUUAUCAGCCAGGUCAGCAAGUCUUCAACAACUACGGCCUCAAAAGCAACAGCGAGUUGCUGCUUGGUUAUGGGUUCGUUCUGCCGGUUACAGACACCCUUCACAACGACUAUGUUCAUGUCAAAAGCCGAAGGCCGCCUUCGACAUUGCAGAAGAACGAACUGCAGGACUUUCUUAUUUCCUUACGACCGUUCAGCGAUCCUAGCUCCGUUGCGGGAAGAUCAAGGGUGUUUUCUCAGCAAGAUACCCGUCUGAAUUCUUUGCCAGGGCUCUCAAGAAUCGAACCGGGGCUUAUCCGCGACCUUGCUUCUGCUGUAGCAACAUCUGCUGGCGAACUUGCUGCACUUCAACACUGGGCUCAAGGCACGGAGGAGAGUAUUCCGACUGAGCUUCACGAGCUCCUCGAGAGGAUUCAACAGACGAUCGGUGCCAAGGUCCAGUUUGAUUACCAACGCUUUAAGAGCAUCGAGAUUGAAAGUGCCGACAAUCAGAACCAGGAGCUGGCUGUGAGAUAUCGGAAUCAGUACGAAGCGGUGUUGGAGGCUGCCAUGGAUGAACUGAGCAGGGCAUUGGUGCCGAAUCAUCUCGAAAAACUGGUGAAAGGAGAACAAUAG